UUGUUGUUUACACUUCACGCUCGUCUGGUAAGUAACCUACCUUCUGCUCUUUUUCGCAAAUGCGAAAUAAGAAGUAAUUUUCAUUCAACCGUCACAAGUUGCAAUCUCUUUUCUAUGCUCCUAAUCCUCCUCUGUCCAGGACGUGUUUAGUGUUUUCCCUCAAAACCCUGUGACGAAGAAUUUACGAUUUUUCUUCGCGUAGUGGGUGAUGUGUAAAAUGGAAACUGCUGCUACGACAACGGCGGCGGACGUACACCACGACCGCCAUGUAUUAAAACAACCCACCAAGGUACUAUUGACACUUAGCAACGUACUGUUGCCCAAGGAAAAACUCACAUCCACACCGUCGAUGAUCGAUGGGUUAGAUUUCGAAACCGAAGUCGACCUAAGAAUUGUUGGCUGUGAGUGGAUUCAAACUGCUGGCAUUCUACUCAAACUGCCCCAGGUUGCAAUGGCAACUGGACAGGUGUUGUUUCAGCGGUUUUACUACACAAAAUCCUUUGUUCGUCACCCAAUGGAAAUAACUGCAAUGGCAUGCACAUGUUUGGCCUCUAAAGUUGAAGAAUCUCCUAGACGUAUUCGUGAUGUUAUUAAUGUUUAUCAUCAUAUCCGUCAAGUUUUAAAUCAAAAAUUGAUUACGCCGUUGGUACUUGAUCAAAAUUAUGUACAGAAAAAGACGCAGGUAAUAAAAGCGGAACGACGCGUGCUCAAGGAGCUUGGCUUUUGCGUGCAUGUUAAACACCCACAUAAACUCAUUGUCAUGUACCUACAGGCACUUGGAUUUGAGAAACACCAGUCAAUAAUGCAGAUGUCCUGGAACUACAUGAAUGACUCGUUACAAACUGAUGUUUUUGUUCAAUUCGAUCCAGAAACUAUUGCUUGUGCCUGUAUAUAUUUGUCGGCCAGGAAAUUACAAAUACCAUUACCAAAAAGUCCAGCAUGGUACUCUUUAUUCAAUUCGAAUGAAACGGACAUCCAGGACAUCUGUCGCAAAAUACUAAAACUUUAUAUCAGACCUAAAGUUAUCACAGAAGACUUAGAAAGGAGAGUGGAAGAGUUGAAGAAAGAAUAUGAUCAUGCUAAGGAAAAAGCUAGAGCAGCUAUUGUUCAUCCUGUAGUACAAACAGAAGUUGUCGUACCUCCACCUAGUAAUGGAAUUACUACUGUUGCCCCUGAAAAUAUUAGCUCAACCACUCCAAAUAAAAAACCAAUUAAAAAAAGGAGUAGGAGUAGAACACCUUCAGAAACUAAGUCUGGAAGUAGAAGUCCAAGACAUUUAAAGAAAUCCAAAAAAAGAAAUCAUGAGCGAUCUCGUUCCAAAUCAAUAUCUGAUAGAAGAACUCAUAAACACCAUAGAAAAUCAAAUAAAAGUCGUAAACGAUAUUCAAGUUCAUCCUCUGGUUCAUCUAGUUCUUCGGGAUAUCGUCGUCAUAAAUCAUCAACCAAUAACAAAUUAGUACCUACUUAUAGAGACUACAAAGAUUACAGAGAUUAUAGAGGUGAUGAAAAUUAUAAAUCCAAGUCUAGGAGUUACAACUAUUGGAAAAAAUAUUAUAGCUAUGAAUAGUUAUAUUUCUACUUAACCUUUACAUUGUAUUAUAAUGUGUAAUAUUAAGACAUUAUAUAGUUUUUGUAUUUCAAACCAUAUGCAUUUUACAUACAUAUAUAUAAAUACAUUGAUUUUUUGUUAUUUUCAGACAGGGUUUAUUCACCACGCUAACUAUAUUAAUUGUUGUUUAUAUUAAUGUAAAUUUAGAAGAAAGUAAAUAUUAUAUUUAUUUUUUUUGUAUACUUGUACCAUCUUAAUUUUAAAGAAGAAACAUUGCAUUGUAAUUAUAUAGUAUAUUAUAUAAACAUAAUUUGUUAAGUGUAGUUCUUGUAAGAUAAGAUUUUAAAAAUGAAGUAAUACAUCAACUGUGAUAAUAUACAAAUUUAUUAUGUAUAAUUUUGAAAUUUUACGUAUUUUGUACUUUGUUUGGAUUAGACUUAUUUGGUCUAUCCAUCUUUUCGUUUAAUUGUAGAUAAUGACAAUUCAUUUUAAAUGUCCAAAGUCUAACGCAUAAGAAAUGUUUUAUAUUCAUUAUUUUUUUUUUUUUUAAUGUUGUAUUAUCUUAGUAUAAACACAAAUUUUACCUGUAUGUAUGUACAUUGUACAAAAAUAAAAAAUGUAAAUUAUUAAUUUGA